AUGACGAAAAGGAAGGUCCAAGAGGCUUCCCCCUCUUCGGAUUCGAAAAGAUCCAAGGUUGUGGCGCUGGAAGACACCGCUGCCAGCGACGACGACUACGAUGAUACCGCCAGCAACUCCGGGUCGACCGCGGACGCCGAGGUAGAGUCUGUCAUAACAGGUCAGACCUCACUCACAACUCGAUCCCGCAAAUUCCCCUCAGAUCUCAAAACCAUUCCAUGCACCUACCCGGACUGCGACAAGACCUUCAACCGACCCGCCCGCCUGGCCGCCCACCUCCGCUCCCACACGGACGACCGGCCUUUCAAGUGCACCUUCCCCGGCUGCGAUAAAGACUACCGCGAGGAGAAGCACCUUCGCCAGCACGUCAAGGGCUCCCACACCCAGGAGCGGGCCUACAUCUGCACCCACGAAGACUGCGGCAAGUCGUUCCUGACAGCGACGAGACUGCGCCGGCACCAGGACGUCCAUGCCGGCCAGGAGCGCUUCCGGUGCCGCGACUUUCCGCCGUGCGCCCAGAGUUUCCGCAAGCAUAACACCCUCCAGCGACACAUCCGAUCAGAACACUUGGGCACACACGCAUACCCAUGCACGGCACCCGGCUGUGGCGCCGGCUUCGACUCUCAGGGGGCGCUGCGGAACCAUACUAAGCGCGACCACAGUGAGCCGCAGUUCUGGUGUGAGGAAUGCGGCGGUGACGGCGAGACCACGGUUGGAUUCACCUCGAUCUCGCUGCUUCAAGCGCACAUCCGCAAGGAACAUCUCAACUGCAUCUUCUGCGAGUAUAAGUGCACCGGACAGUGGGAGUUGGAACGUCACGUUGAGAUGCGUCACUCAGGCAUUCCCGUCGACGCCCGCAAGACGAUUGCUUGCACGUGGGAGGGUUGCGACAAGAAAUUCACCAAGAAGCACAACCUGACGGUACACGUCCGCACCGCACACGAAGGAUUCCGCUUCGUCUGCGGCGAGGUCGAUGUCACAGGCUCCCCGGACCUGGAGAGCUGGACGAACGAUCUUGGCUGCGGUGGAGGUUUCGUUACCAAGGCCAACCUCGAGGAUCACAUUCGCUACGUCCACCUGGGUCUGGAGCGGCCGGUGCCGAACCAGAAGCCACCCAACAUCAUUGACGAUCUCGCUGGCACGAAGCGCACAAUCCUCUGCACGAUCCGCGGCUGCGGUGCCCGCUUCGUCCGUCACCACGACCUCCAAGUCCAUCUCGAGGGCCAUCCUCCACCGGCCCCUAGCGGUGGCGACCCGCAGUUGGACAUCGAAGCAGCCAUUCUCAGCUUAGCGGGCGGUGACCCCAACGGUGAAGCCGACCUCGCACCCUUUGACGGCGACCGCGAGAUGCCGGAGCUUCCCUUGUACGGCAUCAUCCCUGGCGUGACGGACUUUGACGGUGGCGACCCGGGCCCGAACGACGACUUCUGGAUUGGUGCCGACGACGACUUUGGAACGCCGCCGCAGACGUGGCAGGAGGAGGAGGCGGCCAUGCGCGCGCUCAUCGACGAGGACUUUUCCCAGUUCGUCGACCCUGCGCUAGGAAAUACCGUCUGA